AAACGAAAAAUUAAUUAAUUUAUUCUUCGAAACAUCAAUUUCGUUAUGUAUUAAUUAUUUUUUAGUUUUAGGUUUAAUUCGCGAUCAACUUCACAUUUGUUUAAGGUAGCACAAAAAACUAACCUCAAAAAAAAAUCAUGAUAUUUUCACCUUUCGAUAAAUCGCAUAAAAUUCGCAAUGGAUAGAAGAAUUUUGAAACCAACUAGACGUAAUCGCGAUAAAAAACGGAAUUCGGAACGUAAAGCGGAAGAUAACGUUUCCACUUCAACACCUCGUGGAUCCGGUGUAAAAAGAAAAUGCGAAGAUUACAACGAAACACCGAUAAAACGAAGCAAAGGUAGCGAAAAUUUACUGCAACCGUAUUCGGCUAACGACCGUUUGAAACGAUACCGACAGGCUUUGAAUGAAAAGAAAGACCAAAUUGUUAAAGUCCAUAAAGUGUUUGAUAAUUCCUCCCAAGGGAGGAGUCAAAAUGUAGGUAGGAGUAAUAUUAAUAGCCCCCCAAAGAUUACCAUUAAUGAUAGACUAAAGAAAGUUCGUGAAAGUAUAAGGGAAACAAGAGUUGACAAUAUUUGUAAAGUCAAGGAAGAAAAGAAGUUUGUGGAUGCUUCGAUACUCACAAGUGAAUCUUUGAUGCAAAUACCUGAUGAUAAAAGUAUUAAGAAUAAGGAGCUUUCUUACAAUAAAAGCUUUUUGCAUCAUAGUGAAAUGGAUCUAAUGGAAGAUAUGGAUUGGAGUCCAAUAGAUGAAGAACAAUUAGAAGCAGACAUAAAAAAACUUCGAGAAACAAUUCAUUCAAAACCAAAUCCAAAGUUUUUACACCUAUUAAACGAAAAUCCAAGUUCCCCCAACCCAAUACAAAACGUUUUAUAUAUCAUAGUUGACACAAACAUAUUUAUUUCACAUUUAAAUUUAAUUAAAGACAUUUGCAAAGCAAAGAAUGACAAUAAACUGGUUGUUUAUGUGCCUUGGAUGGUUUUUCAAGAAUUAGAUUACUUUAAAGACGGAAGAGGGGGUGGUAAAAUAACUCAAACAGCAGCCAAAAAAGCUGUAACAUUUAUCAAUGAGAUGUUAAUGCGAAAAGAUGGAACUUUAAAAGGACAAACAGUUCACGAAGCUUUAUCCCAUGAUUUUUCAAAUUCAAACGCCGACGAUAACAUUUUAUUUUGUUGCUUAAAAUUGCAACAAAUCCAACCAAAAAUCGUUUUGUUAUCGAACGAUAAAAAUUUACGAAGCAAACUUUUAAUACAUUCAAUAGAAGCUUGUUCUACGGAAACAAUCAUGAGUCAUUUAAAAAGUGACGUGUUUAAUUUAAAUAAUCAGGGGUUCAUCCAACCAAAUGAGCCACCAAUUACAAGAAUAACGACCGUUUUUACAAACGCAUGCACUGAAAUAAUUAAGAAAGAAUUAGAGAAAGCUUAUGGAAAUACCGUUUAUAAAAUUGUUAGUGAACCCCCUUGGACACUCCAAGAGUGUCUUAAUUAUAUUAAAAGAUUUUGGGUGCCGGUUUUUUCCCUUAUAAUCACACAAAAACAGUGUUUAAAAACUGUGGAUGAUUUAUUGGAAUAUCUCAGGUUACAUAAAAAUAUGGGUGAUUUAUCUUUAACGGAACAAGAGGAAUUUGUAAAAAUAACUUUAUCACUCUGCGUUUAUUUCAAAAACUGCCUUUCGCCACACGAAUCUUUAAUGAAAUCCUGCAUUUCUGAGAUUCAAAAAAUUCUUCAAUAACCUCAUUUGGAACUGACGAUUAUUAAUAACGAAUAUAGAGUUUUGUUGUUAUUUUUAUAGUUUUGUUUAACGCUUAUAAAGCGAAGUGAUACAGAAUAAAUAAUUUUUGUCUUUA